AUGAUGCAAGCCACCGGCCCCGAGACGUUGCUGUGGAACCCGCCGGCCGGACGCCAUGGCUCGACCCUGCCUCAUAGUACCUGGUACAGCCGACCUGCGGGAGCGCAGGUGAAAAUGGCGUACUUAAUACUGUAUCAAGCUGUAGGUAAUACAGCUAACAUACCUCAUGUUCUAUUUCAUCUUUUGGUCCAUGCGCAAAGAGCUAGAGAGUUCGAAGAUGAAUUCGAAAGACACCAGCUAAGGCUUGACAUUCUCCAAGUACGCCUUUCCCGCCAGAUCGAGACUUUGAGUACUCUCGGUAAUGCGGCAGAGGGCAACAACGGUACAACAAUACAAGACAACGAAAGAUCUUUGGCAGAGAUUCUCGCCGCUGUUCAACAGACUCUCUUCAAAGCUCAGAGGGACGCUACAAAGAUGAGGGCCGAACUCGCCGCCAGCACUACUGCUAGUAGUAGUGGCGCCGCUGACGCUGGCAGCGGCGGUGGCGAUCCCCCACUAGGCGAACAACCAGCACGGCUCCGAGCCCUGGCAUUCCUUGAAAAGCGCAGGCUCCAGACAGCCAAAGCCAUCGGCAUAAUGCAAUGGGUCAUCUACAAGAGAGAUCGUUUUAACAGAAGCAUCGCGGAUAUCGCUGCACUAGUUGCUGAUGUAGAGACAUUAGCCAGCAACCAAGAGUCGGAAAGGCUAUAGGCAUUUGUUUGUGAUGUUCAGCGUUCAUCAGCAUCGCGAGGAGUAAGGUACAUGUAUCAAUGGGUAUCAAGGCAUUUUGGAAAUAGGAGUUGGAAUAGAGGUACAUAGGUAUAUGAACUCAUAGCAAUGGCGUUUUAUUUUGUAACAAAUGAAGUUAUUAUAUUGGUAGU